AAUUUGCUAAGACAUCUUUUUUGUUUUUACACCUUCAGUCGAUAUUCUUUUCCAUUCUAGCUGCAAUUUCACGAGCUGAGUCCUGUUUAGUACAAAAUGUAUACGUUGGGAAAUGGUGGGGUAUGGUUUUUUGGGAUUGUUAAUUUUUAUUUUCUAAAAUAUUGAUUUCUCUCCCUCUCUGGAGUCUGGGGGAGUUUGGUUUUUUGCCUCUUGCUGCUGAGGCUGUUACUGUUGCGAAUCUCUCUGCACUUCUAAGGAACUUCCAUUAAUCUGUGUACAUUUUAGUUCUUUGCUCUCUCUUUAGGGUUUUGUUUCUGUUCUGAAGCUGACUGAAGACUGUUGGAAUCGCUUUGUUCUGCUGUAUUUUUCAGAUCGGAUUUCUCAAGUUUGGCUUUCCAAUAGCUGUUCUUAGUUUGCAGUCAUAGAAAGAAGAAAAAGGGGUUUCUCUUUUCGAAACUCUGUGGAAGUUAAGCUACAAUUGCAUGUUCUCGCUUGUUUGAGUUUUGAGAGUUUGAUUCUCGAGAGUCUCGAGACGCAGAGGAAGUAGAGGGCAGCCAAAUUCUUACCACCAAGCUGAAAACUUGAAGUUUCGAUUGCUUCUACAAUGCGGGAGAGUUGUCAUGGGACUGUGAUCUUGCUUCUCUUUGGCAUGUGUAUCAAUGCAUUAGGUGCAUUUGUGGGGGUUAAUCUCGGGACCGAUGUCUCCAAGCUUCCAUCAGCUUCAGAUACAGUUGCAAUUCUUAAAUCCCAUCAAAUUACUCAUCUCCGCCUUUAUAAUGCUGAUGCUCAAUUGCUAAAGGCCCUAGCAAACAGUAGCAUCGAAGUAAUUGUUGGCGUCACAAAUGAGGAAGUUCUCAGGAUUGGUGAAUCUCCAGCAGUGGCUGCAGCUUGGGUUAACAAAAAUGUUGCUGCUUACUUGCCAGCAACGAAUAUUACAGCCAUUGCUGUUGGCAGUGAGGUCCUUACAGCAAUUCCUCAUGUUGGCCCAGUCUUAGUUCCGGCCAUGUAUUCCAUACAUAAAGCCUUAGUUGCUGCCAACCUAAACUCUAUGAUCAAAGUUUCCACUCCCCAAUCAAUGGACAUAAUACCCCGAGCUUUUCCCCCGUCCACCGCUACCUUUAAUGCUUCGUGGAACUCUACAAUCUAUCAGCUCCUUCAGUUUUUAAAUAACACGAAGUCCUACUACAUGUUGAAUGCCUAUCCUUAUUACGGUUACACUAGUGGGAAUGGAAUUUUUCCGCUUGAUUAUGCACUUUUUCGAUCACUUCCUGCAAUUAAGCAGAUUGUUGAUCCGAACACUCUUUUCCACUAUAAUAGUAUGUUUGAUGCUAUGGUUGAUGCAACCUAUUACUCAAUCGAUGCUUUCAAUUUUUCCGGGAUUCCCGUUGUGGUUACUGAGACUGGUUGGCCAUGGUUUGGUGGAGGAAAUGAACCUGAUGCAACAAUUCAAAAUGCUGGCACCUACUGUAACAAUCUGAUCAGGAGAGUCACCAACGAUUCAGGUCCACCCAGUCAGCCAACUAUACCAAUCAACACGUAUCUGUAUGAGUUGUUUAACGAAGAUAAGAAGCCUGGCCCGGUCUCGGAAAAGAACUGGGGUAUACUUUUCCCCAAUGGCUCUGCUGUUUAUCCUUUGGGUGUGACUUCCGGCCGUGCCACAGCAAAUUCUUCUGCAGUUUAUUGUGUGGCAAAAGACGGUGCCGAUGAAGAUAAAUUGCAAGAUGGCCUGAAUUGGGCGUGUGGACAAGGAGGAGCAAACUGUGUUGCCAUUCAGCCGGGGAGGCCAUGCUAUCUUCCGAAUAACCUUACUAACCAUGCUUCUUAUGCAUUUAAUGAUUAUUAUCAGAAAAUGCAUAGUGCUGGUGGAACAUGCGACUUUGACGGUACCGCUAUGAUUACGACGAUCGAUCCCAGUCAUGGGUCUUGCAUAUACUCAGGAAGUUCCAAUUCAAGCAGUGGAGGUGGAUUUUCUCCUCCCACAGCAAUGGGGCCUUCAGGUCAGUUUCCUGGUGCAAGUUCAAAGCUGAAGAUCUCUUCAUUUCAGUUCAUGAUUUUGGUCUCAUUUUCUUGGGCUUUGACAUGAAAGAUUUCUUCUUGAGUUUUUCAAUACCCAAAAUCAUUCUUCAGAUUGCUAAUUUAUUGAGCAAAAAUGAAUAGAAGAUGAAUUUAUCAACACAUGUUUUAAAAUGUUCAUCACUUUUCACUUUCUUAUUCUUUUUUUCUUCUUCUUCCCUCUUAUUCAUCUUGUUGUAGGGCCCCUGUUCAUUAUUGUUCAUUGUAAUUUGUAAUUUACUCUUAUGAGGUGGUAGUAGGAACUGGGUUAUAUUUUGUAUUAUUUUUUAAACUAGUUUCCAUUUUUGGUUAUGGAGGGAAUAAUCCAUGAAUAUUAUUUUUGAAAGUAGUUGUUUACUACGUUUGAGGGGGCGUUUGGGGCGAGUUAGGUUUAGGGUGCGUUUAACUCGUGUUUGGGGUAGGUGUUGCCAAACACGGGUUAAAUUGGGGAACAGAUGGAUUUGAACAAUAGUUCACUGUUCAAGCCUCGUGUAUAACUCGAGCUUUCUAAAUCCUUCGCAUAUGUCGAACUUAUGCUCCAAACACUUUUUUCCUAA